UGUCAUGGCUGCUUAGCCUACUUGGAGGUUUAAUCUGUCGGUUGUUUACGCAAAACGUUUGCCUAACGUUGUCUUGUGCAUUUAAAUAUACAAUUGGCCUAGGCCUCUAGUGGGUAUACAGAAUUCUAAUAUACUAACAAUGUCAUCCGAUUCUAAAAAGCCUCUUUCAUUUGGAUUUUCAAAGAAGAAAGAAACCAAAGUGCUUGGAAAUAGGAAAAACCUAGCCGUACUUGGUGGGGAAAAGUUAGACAAAACAACCGCCAGUGCUAGUGAAGAGACAGCAAGCAAGCCUGAUUUAAUUACCUCCCUUGAAGGCAAGAAGGUAAUAAGCUUGGUUCCUAAAAAAGAACCUGAAGAAUUAGUCAUACCUUUAUUAAAGAGGAACACAUGGUCAAUUGAAUCGAAGACUGGGAAACAGCAAAGGAUAAGUAGUGGUACACUUAAAUCACCAGGAAGUGAAGGACUAGACUUAGAUAAUGUUGCUGUACAGGAAAUCAUCUCAGAAACAACAAAACAGAAUAUGGACUGGGAGGAUAGAGGUAAUGAAGAUAUGGGAAUGUCCAUUCCCCUCCUAAUGCGGAAUAAAGUGCCUGAAGGAUAUGAAACUGAAGAUAAGCUAGAUGUCUCUAUAAGACCAAAUGAGGCAACUGAUGCAGAUUAUGAUCAAGUACCAAUCAGUCAAUUUGGGAUGGCAAUGCUUAGAGGAAUGGGACUUAAAGAUGGUGAAGAAGCUGUGAAGCCAAUAGAACCUAAACUUCGGCCUAAAGGUCAAGGGCUAGGGGCAGCUCCUAGGCCUCCUGAAUUUUCUACUAAACCAAAAAGGCCUUUAAAACCAGGGGAGAAGAGACAAGAGGAUACACCUAUAGGAUAUGCAAAAGGAGUAGGCGUUAUGGCAACUAAAGGUCCACAUAAAAAUAUGUAUGGAAGGAUUGAGGGCGUGGAUGAGGACAAUGCACAACUUGUCAUCAAAUUAGCAAUCGGUGGUCAGUCAGUUACUAUUAGCCAAUACAUUGCAAAUAUUGUAGAUGAUGAUGAAUACAGAAAGUAUGCCAAAGAUUUAAGUAGAUUAAGUAAAUCGAAAGACAAUCAGGAGCAACAAUCUAAAGAAGGAAAAAAUGAUAAGCAUUCCAGAGGUAGGAUAGAAGGGGAGGAAGAAAGUUCUGAGAAAAAAGAAUAUAAAAGAGAUAAAGAAAGAGAUAAACAUGACCAAAAAAGGAAAAAACACAAGGGAAAACAAACAGAGGAAAAGUACAGAGAAAAAUCAGAUCAGAGGCAGUAUGAUGAAGAUGAAGGAAGCAAGUACAGGAGGGAGGGACCUGACAAAGACAGACAUGAAAACAAAAGAAUGGAAGGAAAUAAAUCUUGCAAUAAACACUGGUUACAACCUGAUCUAAGGGUGCGCUUUAUAGACAGAGUUUACAAGAACGGCAAGUACUAUAUGUCAAAGGUCAACAUUGAAGAUGUAGUAACACUUGAGCAAUGUACCUGCAAAACAGAUGAUGGUUGUCUUCUUUAUGAUGUCUCAGAAUCUAUGUUAGAAACAGUAAUUCCAAAAGCUGAACCUGGGUAUGUGAUGAUUGUUCUAGGAAAGCAUAAAGGACAGCUUGGUAUAGUUGUUAAAAAACACAAGGACAGACAGAGAGCAGAUGUACAACUUUUACAAGACAGGAACACAAUUAUUCGCCAAAAUUAUGAAGAAAUUUGCCAGUAUGCCGGUGAUAUACAUAGCAAUGAAGAUUAUUAAAUGUAUUAAGUCAGAUUAGUAUUUUUUUAAAACAAAAAUGUGUUAGUGCUGUUAACAGUGGCGGAUCUGGAUUCAAAUCUAGGAGGGGGUCAGAAUGUUUCUAAAAAAAAUCUCCAAAAGAAAGGGGGCCCGGAAUAUUGUAAUUCCAAGAUUGCGGGAAAUGAGCUUUCCCAACAUCUGAAGUGCCUUUUAAUGACUGUUAAGUUCUUCAAAAUUCAAAGUUUUAUCACCUCUUGAGAAAGGUUAGGUAAAUUUCUCUCAUUCUUAUUACAGUAAAUAGGCCUAUGUGUGUACCGGUAUACAUACAGAAGAAAAAAUUGAGUAGUUGCAUAUGUAUUCCUUUUUCUAUGUAUCUAUGAACCCCAAAAAGAAAAAUGGAGGGGGGGGGGUUUCGGGGUCCUCCCCCGGGAAAAUUUUAAUUCCUAAAUGGCGGGAAAUGAUCUUUCCCGACUUCUGAGGUGUCUUUCAAUGACUUUUAAGUUCUUCAAAUUUCAAGGUUUUUCCGUCUUGAAAAUGGUUAGGUAAACUAUCUUAUUCUUAUUACAGUAAAUAGGUCUAUGUGUGUAUACAUAAAACAAAUGAGUAGUUGCAUAUGUGUAUUCUUUUUUCCAGGAAUGGAUGAACCCCCAAAGGGAACUGUGGGUUGGGAAAAUUUUGAUUCCUGAUUUCUGAGGUGUCUUUAAAUGAAUUUUAAGUAAUUAAAAGUAUAGGUUUUCCCUCUCUUGAAAACGAUUCAAUGAAUCCCAACUUCUAAUUGUCCCAUUGUAACAACAAAUAUUUCGGCUCACGGGCCUAGAAUCUUUUUUUUUUUUUUGUCCAAAGGGGGGGGGGGGGGAAAAGGACCCCCCCUCCAGAUCCGGCAAUGUGUUAAUAUUAUUAUAGUUAGCGCAGGAGCUGGACCUUCAACUCAUUCGUCUUUUAUACUAGUAACUAAUAGUAAUAUGGAGCUCAGUCUCAAAUGCUUGCUCCUUAUACUAUCUUUUCUACAUAUAUACAGAAAAUUGGAGUCAUCAAAUGAGAACUUCAUUGAUCAAGACAAUGUACAUUCCAGAUAUAAUAUUUGGUCUACUAGAAACUGGGAAUGGCACAAAACUAAUUACUCUCAAUCAUUCUCCCUUAUAAUGGGGAAACAUCACAAUGAUUUAAAUAGGAUUCAUAUAACUGGCAACAAUAUAUUGUUGCUUUUUCUCUGAAUUCCAGACCAAACUGUUACUAUAGAACAGGGUUACUGCAUCAAAAAAGCACAUCAUGUAGGCAGCUAAUAUUACUUGCACUGUUCAUGAGCGGUCAAGUUGAAUUAAACCCCUGCCCAAAGAUCACUAUAUAUCCAUGCGGAAUCUGCAAACAGGAAGUCCAAGGUGAACACCAAGGAAUUUCCUGCGAUGAGUGUUUAACAUGGUACCAUACGGGGUGUACAAAUAUGGCCGACCUCAUAUGAUAUCCAUUGUAAAAAUUCAAAGCUUUCCUGGAUUUGCUUAAAUUGUGGACUUCCAAAUGUAUCGACUGGUAUUUUUGACAGUGCCCUUAUGAGCACAUCAAACUCCUUUGAUUUACUGGAUGACAAUGUUGAUAGUGGGUCCUUCAAUCAAGAUGACCAUUUGACCUUCAAACCUGCUCAAACAUCAACUCUGGAAAAAGGGAAAAGGGCAAAAUUUAAUAAAAAGUCCAAGAAAAGAAUGAAGGUUCCAAGAUAAAAGGC